AUCCUCUCUUCUCUUCUCUUUUCUCUUUCUCUUUCUCUUUCUCUCUGUUGCUAAAAAAAACAGAGUAAACUUACAGAGUGGAUGGCAGCUAAAUCGAAGAGCAUUGUUGUGGUGAUCGGGAAGCACAUAGUCAACGGUGUUCGUUCAGGCCCCUUCGCAUCUGGUCUCCUCGCUUCUCGAGGUAUUGCUAACAGGAAUGGUCACACAUCGGCCUAUGAUAAGAACGUAGAAGAAGAAAUGCAAUCGAGUAAAGUGCCUGAUGAAUUAAUAAAGCCUGACUCCGACAAAUAUUGGUCUCCUCAUCCUCAAACUGGUGUCUUUGGACCUUCCUCAUCCUCCUCAACCGACACAACGGACGAGACUCGUGGGGGUCAGGAGGACUCAGUGAUGGAGGAGAAAGCUUGGUUCCGUCCAACAAGUCUCGAGGAUUUGGACAAGACUCACCAUUCAUGGCAAACAAACUCUUCCUCUAUGUGUGUUUUACGUACCCAAUGUUAUAAUAAAAAUUUGAAGUGUUUGGGCGUGUUAUAUUAUGCGUUUCAAAACGAACAAAAUUUCUUGUGUUAUGAUGUUGUAUGAGUUUAAGUUGUAACGCUUGUUUUGCUUCUUUUUUUUUCCUAGUUUUGAAAAUUACUUUUGGUGAGUCCUAA